AUGAACGCGCACUCGAUCGACAUCUACCACGAUCGGAAGCUCAACACUAGUCGGUUUAUGAUCCACCCGAACUCCAAGUUGCGCCGAGCUUGGGAGGUUACGACUGUGUGUCUGGUAAUUUAUGUGUGCGCAAUGAUUCCAUUCAUAAUCGGAUUUCAGUUUAUCGACUGGAGUGGACUCAGCGGCAUGAACACAUUUAUUGACGUAUAUUUCAUCACAGAUAUGGUCAUGACUCUACGGACGGGUAUCGUGUCAAAUGGCGAGGUGGUGAUGGAUCCUAAGAAAGUCGCGCGCAAGUACUUCCACUCGUGGUUCAUCGUUGAUCUCAUCUCCAACUUCCCUUUGGUGUUAUUCGUCUCAUCGUCGGGGAAGUCAUUGAAGAUCGUAAAACUCCAGAAGAUCCCCAAACUGCUACGGAUAGGUCGCCUCCUGAAGUACCUCCGCGAGUACGCCAAGUACUACAACCUCAUUGUCAGCUUUCUCGGCCUCGCCAUGGGGCUGCAUCUGUUCGCGUGCAUUUGGGCGAGCUUGUUCAAUGAAUGCUAUGGAGAACAAGGUGAAGUAUAUUGCAGCGAAGAGGAUUUGGCACCGAUGUAUGUACAAUGUAUCCACAUCAUCAUGCUUAUGUUUUUAGGGAUUGGUGAGAGCACCACAUACUCGAGCAUCGCGAAGCUUCGCAACCCCGAAGUUAGCGCCAACAUCGAGCUCUACUACACGAGCAUCACGGUGUUCAUGCUCGGCACAGUCUUUUCGUCUUUCCUCUUUGGGAAUGUCCUCGCCUUGUUGAUGAGCUGGGAUCAACAAAAGGCGCAGUUCCGCAAUCGCAUGGACAUGAUCAAGGCUGAGAUGAAAUACUACGAGCUGCCGGAGGAGCUGCAGCACCGCGUUCGCAGAAACUACGACUACCUCUGGAUCAACCAACGCGCGUAUUCCGACAUGAUGCUCCUGAACCAGCCUGGUAUCUCCAGGCCGCUCAAGACGACCAUCGCGCUUCAUCUGUACAAGGAUUUGGUGAACACCGUCCCGUUCUUCGCUGGCUCCGACUCGCGGUUCUUGGGUAAGGUUUGCCUAGCACUGGAAACCGCUGUGUACUUGCCAGGUGACACCAUCAUCUAUUGCGACGACAUCGGCAAGGAGAUGUUCAUCGUCCGUAAGGGCCUCGUCGAGAUCUUGAUUCCCGACUGCGGGGAUUCGGACAAGCGAAUUUACUUGCGAGACGGGAAUUUCUUCGGUGAGACGGCACUUGUCAUCGACGUACGACGUACGAACACUGUGCGCGCCGUCAAUAUCUGCGACUUGAACGUGCUCAGUAAGCAUGCGUUCAACGAGAUCGCCGCAGAGUAUCCAGAAUUCGGAGAAAGAAUGAAGAGAACGGUGAUCAAACGGCAGCUUGACAACAUGAACAUCACGUCACCCACGGAGAAAGCAAAGGUGCACAAUCAGCUCACGAUGGUCGUAGAGAAGUCGCUCAAGCAGCGGCGGAUGUCCGUGUCGCUCCGCACCAUAUACCGCGCCAAGAAGCUGGGAGAUAAACUCAAAGACAUUGCCGACCGCGCAUCGAAGCCCGUGCGUCGAAUGUCUCGUGCUCUUGUUCCGCGUCAAGCUCGUGUUCGCCCUUCAACUCGGGAAGACUCGCAGCGCUCGUUCAUCGAACCAGUGUUCGCAACAGACAGCACUCGGGACUUGGCACAGUAUUCCGGACUCAUCAGCGGAUCCAGUGCAAAAAGUCUGCUGACGCUCGAUGGUCCUCGACGAACUGUGGACUUGCCAAACGGGGGUCGUCGAACCAUCGACUCGAUCUCGCGGAAGCUCAGUCGAACGGAGCUGACUUUGGACUUGAUUCCAGCAGCGUUGGCUGAUAUUACGACGAUGGUGGGGCAGAUCCGGCAGACGACAGAGCUACUCAGUCUCCGACUGGGGGCAUCUGACGGCUAUGAUGACGACGAGGAGGAUUUCGACGAUGCAUUCGGUGAGGAUUUGGCUAUAGCCCUCCACGACUCCCCGCUUUUCCCUCCUCUGACCGAAGAAACGGAGGAGGAGAUUGCUCGACGCGAGAGCAACAGCAUCUUACGUAUUCCUUGCAAGUUCCCUACCAUAACAACACUGGCACUCAACAGCUAA